AUGCCCGGCCCGGCGCGCACCAUGGGGCCGCUGUGGCUCUGCUGCCUGCCCCUCGCCCUCCUGCCCCUGCUCGCCGCCGUGGAAGAGACACUGAUGGACUCCACAACAGCAACGGCAGAGCUGGGCUGGAUGGUGCAUCCUCCAUCAGGGUGGGAAGAGGUGAGUGGGUACGACGAGAACAUGAACACCAUUCGCACCUACCAGGUGUGCAACGUGUUUGAGUCCAGCCAGAACAACUGGCUGCGCACCAAGUACAUCCGGAGGCGCGGAGCACACCGCAUCCACGUGGAGAUGAAGUUCUCUGUCAGGGACUGCAGCAGCAUCCCCAACGUCCCAGGCUCCUGUAAGGAGACUUUUAACCUCUAUUAUUUCGAGUCAGACUUUGACUCAGCCACUAAGACUUUCCCCAACUGGAUGGAGAACCCUUGGAUGAAAGUGGACACCAUUGCAGCCGAUGAGAGCUUCUCCCAGGUGGACUUAGGAGGAAGGGUGAUGAAGAUUAACACUGAGGUACGCAGUUUUGGACCUGUCUCCAAGAAUGGGUUCUACUUGGCCUUCCAGGACUAUGGAGGCUGCAUGUCCCUGAUCGCCGUCCGUGUCUUCUACCGCAAAUGUCCCCGUGUGAUCCAGAACGGGGCCGUCUUCCAAGAGACCCUCUCGGGGGCAGAGAGCACGUCGCUGGUGGCAGCCCGAGGGACGUGUAUCCCCAAUGCUGAGGAGGUGGAUGUGCCCAUCAAGCUGUACUGCAAUGGAGAUGGAGAGUGGCUGGUGCCCAUCGGGCGCUGCAUGUGCCGCCCAGGGUAUGAGUCGGUGGAGAAUGGCACCGUGUGCAGAGGCUGCCCAUCAGGGACAUUUAAAGCCAGCCAAGGGGAUGAAGGAUGUGUCCACUGCCCCAUUAACAGCCGGACGACUUCGGAAGGAGCCACCAACUGCGUGUGCCGGAACGGCUACUACCGGGCAGAUGCUGAUCCUGUCGACAUGCCAUGCACCACCAUCCCAUCUGCCCCUCAGGCCGUCAUCUCCAGUGUGAACGAGACAUCCCUGAUGCUGGAGUGGAGCCCACCCAGGGACUCAGGGGGCAGGGAGGAUCUGGUGUACAACAUCAUCUGCAAGAGCUGUGGCUCGGGCCGUGGCGCCUGCACCCGCUGCGGGGACAACGUGCAGUUCGCCCCGCGCCAGCUGGGCCUCACCGAGCCCCGCGUCUACAUCAGCGACCUCCUGGCACACACACAGUACACCUUCGAGAUCCAGGCUGUCAAUGGGGUCACUGACCAGAGCCCCUUCUCUCCACAGUUUGCCUCGGUCAACAUCACCACCAACCAGGCUGCUCCUUCAGCUGUGUCCAUCAUGCACCAGGUGAGCCGUACUGUGGACAGCAUCACCCUCUCAUGGUCUCAGCCUGACCAGCCCAACGGAGUCAUCCUGGAUUAUGAGCUGCAGUAUUAUGAGAAGGAUCUGAGUGAGUUAAAUUCCACCACAGUGAAGAGCCCCACCAACACUGUGGCAGUGCAAAACCUCAAAGCUGGCACCAUCUACGUGUUCCAGGUGCGGGCCCGGACCGUGGCUGGGUACGGCCGCUACAGCGGCAAGAUGUACUUCCAGACCAUGACUGAAGCUGAGUAUCAGACCAGCGUCCAGGAGAAGCUGCCGCUCAUCAUCGGCUCCUCCGCAGCCGGCCUGGUCUUCCUCAUCGCCGUCGUCGUCAUCGCCAUCGUGUGCAGCAGAAGACGGGGCUUCGAGCGCGCUGACUCCGAGUACACGGACAAGCUGCAGCACUACACCAGCGGCCACAUGACUCCAGGGAUGAAGAUCUACAUUGAUCCAUUCACCUAUGAAGAUCCCAAUGAGGCUGUCAGGGAAUUUGCAAAAGAAAUUGAUAUCUCUUGUGUCAAAAUCGAGCAGGUGAUUGGGGCAGGGGAGUUUGGUGAGGUGUGCAGUGGGCAUCUCAAGCUUCCUGGCAAAAGAGAGAUCUUUGUGGCCAUCAAAACCCUGAAGUCUGGUUACACAGAGAAGCAGAGACGAGACUUUCUGAGUGAAGCCAGCAUCAUGGGGCAGUUUGACCACCCCAAUGUCAUCCACCUGGAGGGGGUGGUGACCAAGAGCUCCCCAGUCAUGAUCAUCACUGAGUUCAUGGAGAAUGGCUCACUGGACUCCUUCUUGAGGCAAAACGAUGGGCAGUUCACAGUGAUCCAGCUGGUGGGCAUGCUGCGGGGCAUCGCGGCGGGCAUGAAGUACCUGGCUGACAUGAACUACGUGCACAGGGACCUGGCAGCCAGGAACAUCCUGGUCAACAGCAACCUGGUGUGCAAAGUGUCUGACUUUGGCCUCUCACGGUUUCUGGAGGAUGACACCUCUGAUCCCACCUAUACCAGUGCACUGGGUGGGAAGAUCCCAAUCCGAUGGACAGCACCUGAGGCCAUUCAGUACCGCAAGUUCACGUCAGCCAGUGACGUGUGGAGCUACGGCAUCGUCAUGUGGGAGGUGAUGUCGUACGGAGAGCGGCCCUACUGGGACAUGACCAACCAGGACGUGAUAAAUGCCAUUGAGCAGGAUUAUCGGCUGCCUCCCCCCAUGGAUUGUCCCAACGCCCUGCACCAGCUGAUGCUUGACUGUUGGCAGAAGGACAGAAACCACAGACCCAAAUUUGGGCAAAUUGUCAACACCUUGGAUAAAAUGAUCCGAAAUCCUAACAGCCUGAAAGCCAUGGCACCCCUCUCCUCUGGGAUGAACCUCCCCCUACUCGACCGCACCAUCCCAGAUUACACCAGCUUCAACACUGUGGAUGAAUGGCUGGAUGCCAUCAAGAUGAGCCAGUACAAGGAGAGCUUUGCCAGUGCUGGCUUCACCACCUUUGAUGUAGUAUCACAGAUGACUGUAGAGGACAUUCUGCGAGUUGGGGUCACUUUAGCAGGACACCAGAAGAAAAUUCUGAACAGUAUCCAGGUGAUGAGAGCACAGAUGAACCAAAUCCAGUCUGUGGAGGUUUGAUAGCUACGUGUCCUCCUAUUCCUCUUCCUUGAGGCCCUGCUCCCCUCUGCCCCUGUAUGUCCAAGCUCCAAUUCCUGAGUGUUCUGCAUAGACCAGAGACAGGCAGCUGCUCUGAGGAUCAUGGCAACAGGAAGAAACUUCCCUGGCAUCAAUAAUGAGAAGUGGCCAAGAGGUUCUCCAAUGUAAACCAUGGGAAAAGGGAACAAGAAAAGAGAAAAGGCAACUAUUUGGGGGGAAGGAAAACCAAACCCAAAACAUGAACCCAUGAGGUGUUUUUAAACAGUAAUAAUGCAAUUGCAUUCUUGAAAAGGGCUCCAAGACCAAUGGGAGUCUCCAAAGGAAGAGAAAAGAGCAGCUCCAUCCACUUUUCCUCUUGCACAUGGCUGCUGCAGCUGGGUCCAGACACCUCUGGAGCAAUGAGACUUAGCAAGAUGAAUGCAAGGUCCUGAGAAGCACUUCUCUUUCUGACAUGGGAUGGCAGCUCUGGGAACGUCCUGCAGCCAGCAGGUCCUUCCCAAACCCCCUGGUAGCAGAUGAAAGGGGAGGAGAGAGCUGAAACUCUUUGGUGCUGUGGAACCAAGUGCAUCUCAGAAACUGAUGGACUUCUUCAAAAGCUUGAAGCCUUUUGGGGUUUUUUUUUUAAACAAACAAAUAAACUGAGACUAG